AUGGAAGAAGACAGAAACAAGCUGCAGACUUUGUCUGAGGCUCUGCAGAAGUUUCAAGACGAUCUCCAAUCCGCGAUCGAUGCACGCCAGACACUCGAAGCCCAACAACAGGAGAACAAGGCGGUCCAGAAUGAGUUCAAUUCCCUGGCCGAAGAUGCCGGAAUCUACAAGCUUGUCGGCCCGGUGCUGUUGAAGCAGGACAAGACUGACGCCACUGCUGCCGUCGAUGGACGUCUUGAGUUUAUUGGCAAGGAGAUCACCAGGACUGAGAUCAGAAUUAAAGAGUUGCAAGAAGGUUCCGAGAAGAAAAGAAUAGAGCUGCUGCAACUCCAGCAAAAGCUACAGUUGGCUGCACAAGAGCAAAGCAGUGGCUGA